AUGCCUGAUAACCCUGGAGCAAAGCAGCUUACUCUGCCCAAAAACAGGACCUUGGGGACUGCCCUGAUGGCAUUAAGGUUUCUACCAGGCAGAAAGGGAACGAUCCUUCUACCACAGCCGCACCUCGAACGCCUGCUCACCAGAGGAACGAGCCUGGGGCUUAAACCAUCUCCAGGGACGGCGCGCUGCGCUCAGGAACGUGGACGGGCUCAGCGCCUGGCCGGUCAAGGCCGCCCCAGGUCUCCCCGAGUCACCGAAGCCUUUCCGCCCGUGUCCCUGCCCGGCACCGCUCUGCGGAGUUCCCACAGCUUCAUGUCAGCGAUCCGUGAGGUCCCGGCACCAAAGGCUAUUCCAGGCCACCGUGAGCCCCCUCCUCCCGACCCCCGAGUCAGGUCACUUGAUGCCCCUCCCCACUCUCCUCGCCACAUUCUGUGUGAGGCUCCGUCACGGGACGGGAUGCACUGCUCUGCAAUGGUCUGUGUUCUCAGCAACCUGUCCCAGUGGACCGUGAGCUCCGCAGGACGAGUGCAGGGAUAUAUGGAGACCCAGGUUAUUCUUAAAAACACGGGUCAGUGA